AUGGUGAGCCCGCGGUUCGCCUCGGGCUGCUCCAGCGUCGGAAACGGCCCCAAAGAGGAAACCGGCCCUUGAGGGGCGUCGCCGCUGAGUCACGGGAGGAACUAGGAUCAGAAUUCGGGUCUCGUGAUAACCGCUGCACUUCCCCUUUUCUCAGCCGCUCUCAUUGCUCAGAAUCUCGACCUGAUUUCUUUAUUCGACAAAUACUAAGGGCCGCCUGCUCUGCUCCAGGCACUGGGGCUGUCGCCUGGGUAGAAGAGACAAAAGUCCCUGCCCUCAUGGAGAUUCCGUUCUGGUACAGCCAUAAACAAGUACCUCAGAUGGUGUGACAGAUGGGGAGAAAAAUACUACAGAAUCGUGCGGGGAAGAGGAAAUGCAGUGGUGUGCUAUUUUAAAUAAGGGAGCUAAAAGAAUCCACUUGGGUGAAGACUUAAAGAACAUUCUCUCAGAAGCCCCAGGAAAAUGUGUGCCUUAUGCUGUUAUUGAAGGGGCUGUUCGAUCUGUUAAAGAAACGCUUAACAGCCAGUUUGUGGAAAAUUGCAAGGGCGUGAUUCAGCGGCUGACACUGCAGGAGCACAGGAUGGUGUGGAAUCGGACAACCCACCUUUGGAACGACUACUCAAAGAUCAUUCACCAGAGGACCAACACAGUGCCCUUCGACCUGGUCCCCCACGAGGACGGCGUGGCCGUGGCUGUGCGAGUGCUGAAGCCGCUGGACGCCCAGGAUCUGGGCCUGGAGACCGUGUACGAGAAGUUCCACCCCUCCAUCCAGUCCUUCACCGAUGUCAUCGGCCACUACAUCAGCGGCGAGCGGCCCAAAGGCAUCCAGGAGACGGAGGAGAUGCUGAAGGUGGGUGCCACGCUCACGGGCGUCGGCGAGCUGGUUCUGGACAGCAGCUCCGUGCGCCUGCAGCCCCCCAAGCAGGGCAUGCAGUACUACCUCAGCAGCCAGGACUUUGACAGCCUGCUGCAGAGGCAGGAGUCCAGCGUCCGACUCUGGAAGGUCCUGACGCUGGUCUUUCGCUUCACCACCUGCGCCGUUCUCUUCUUCAUCCUCCGCAAGCACUACCUGCAGCGCCAGGAAAGGCAGCCGCCUCAGGCAGAUGGAGAAGGGAGUUCCAGGAGCGUGAGGGCCCAGCUGCUGAGCCGCGCCAAGCCCGAGGACAGGGAGAGUCUGAAGAGCGCCUGUGUUGUGUGUCUGAGCAGCUUCAAGUCCUGCGUCUUCCUGGAGUGUGGGGCACGUGUGUUCCUGCGCCGAGUGCUACCGCGCCUUGCCCGAGCCCAAGCGGUGCCCCGUCUGCAGACAGGCGAUCGUCCGGGUGGUUCCCUUGUACAAUAGCUAACGGGUGCAGGGUGGCCCCGGGGGGGGGCGGGUGGGGGGGGCCCCACCCCCUUUCUCAGGAGUUUUUGUCUUGAGGCCUAGCUGUCAUCCCAGCUGCGACUGAGGGAGCAGACUGGGGGAGCCAUCCCAGCCUCACAGCCCCAACACUAGGAUGUUGCCUUGCCACGGAGAGAGGGGACCCUUUUACCACCGGCUGAGACUCACAGCCCCACCCUGGAGUGGGGGUGGUGGCCUUGCCUGCCUUCCUGGAACCGGCGGAGCAUGUGCGUGUGUGUGUGUGUGUGUGUGUGUGUGUCUGCGUGUCCUGCACCUCAUUGCUCGAGGUCACUCCCGGCGGAGUGCAUGUGUGUGUGCGUGUCUACACCUCAUCGCUCGAGGUCACUCCCGGCGGAGUGCACGUGUGUGGUGUGUGUGUCUGCACCUCAUCGCUUGAGGUCACUCCUGGCGGAGUGGUGCGUGUAUGUGUGUGUGUGUUGUGUGUGGUGUCUGCACCUCAUCGCUUGAGGUCACUCCCGGUGGAGUGUGCGCGCGCGUGUGUGUGUGCACCUCAUCGCUUGAGGUCACUCCCAGCGUGUGUGUGUGUGUGUGCACCUCAUCGCUUGAGGUCACUCCUAGCGUGUGUGUGUGUGUGUGUGUGUGUGUGAGAUGGCACCUCAUCGCUUGAGGUCACUCCCAAGCCAGUGAUCUCCAGCUCUUCUGGUCCUUUCUGGGAAUUUGCUGGUGCCUGUGGUCUUGCACCUUGAGUGACUCAGCCAGCAGGGAGGCGAAGUCAGGCUCUGGGUGGUGUAUGCCCCACGGAGCUGUCUGAAGAGUCGCCUCUGACAAGACUGUCACAGUCUUUCUUCCUUUUGCUUACACCCCAGGAAAAAGGCCAGACUGGACAUGAGAACUGUGUCCCUUUCCCCUCACCUCCUUACCUCUCAAUGUGUGCACAUGUGUGUCAGGACAAAAGGGAGCAACGCCCGCCAUCUGCUUUCUGCCUAAAAGCUGGGAACCCUGGUCAGCAGGCUGAGGGGCUGCCAUAUGGGACAGUCAGGCUGUCCUGUCGUCCCCAGUGGUGAAGGUGGCAGCUUGGCUGCAGCCCUCCUGGUGUCUCCGGGACCAGAGCGCACCGCCAGCCCUGGCUGGGAGUGCGCGAGGCCCGAGGCCCGAGGGCUGGCUCUGGCAUUCUCUGCCUGGGGUCAGCCCGAAAGGCCUCACCGCCUGAACGAAGCAAUAAGGCUGCUGCUGCCCCGGCCUCCUGGCCCUGUCAGCCUCCCUCCUGGGCUGUCACGGAGGCAAAGUCGCCAGCCAGCACCCUGAGCAGAGCCUCUUCCAGGGUCCCGCCUCCUCACAUUGAGAAGUUAGCAUCCCGUGGGUGGAGUCACAUUGCCCCUUCCUGGGUUGCUGUUCACUCCCUCACGUGCCCCCUCCUUGAAUUUGUGGAAAGAAGUGGGGGCACCCCUCUCACCUCCUCUGACUAGUCAGAGGUCUCGUACACAGCUCUUCUCUCCCUUCCAUGACUUUGAAUAUUCAUCCACUAUCCCCUUUGUGUGGGGGAGGUGGGGGCUCUCAGGGGGCUGACACCCGUUCUAUGCAGGGUCCUGUGUGGACAGCACAAAUUAAACACAUUACAACCAAG